AUGGCAAAGGAUGAAAAAGAGGGCGCCUCGAUCGGAUCGGCAGCAUCUGCAGCUGGGGCCAUCCCACUGGGAACGCCGCUCACCGCGCGGCAAGAAGUGGUCAACGUAGAUUUGGGCAACCCAUUUCGUCUUCGCUGUGGUGACGAUUGGUGUGAAAUAGCUAAUUGGGAUCCGCACAACGAUGGAACAUUUAUGAUGCAGUAUAUGCCACAAUCAGUGAAGGUGGUGAUAUUUAAACAAAUAUUAACCAGUGUGCUGGAUACAGUAGUGUUGCAAAAAGCAGGAAAUUCUCCCAAAGAGUGCAAUAUACCCGUGACAGCAUUAAACCUAAACAUAAACAAACUACAAACCGUCAAUUUGGAGCUUUUCAAACCGUUCAAGCAACUAAUUGACUUUGCCUUGUCAUUCAACCGAAUUCAGCUUCUUGUCGGUCGCUUCGAAAGUAUCACCCUGAAGUACUUGUUUUUGGAAAACAAUCAAAUGGUCCAUCUGAAUCUGUGUCAAUGGAACCUGCCGUCGCUGAUGUGGCUGUUUGUGUCCAGAAACAGUUUAUCAGAGCAACCGCGAUGCUUGGCCGACAACCUGCCGAUGUUGACUAAACUGGAGCUAAGCGGCAACCAUUACACCCAUUUCGAUAUCGCUUAA